AUGGUGAAUACGGGGAUUCCAACCAACUACACCAAUUCGCCAUCAGCAUCACUUAGUGGCACGCCGCAAUGGACCAUCAAUCGGGACAUCACGGCUGUCGAUCUCGACUCCAGCAAUGCCUUUGAAGGCCCCGAGAAGCUGCUAGAAGUAUGGUUCGCUCCAUCCGAGAAGGCCCUGCCCUCUUCCGCUUCGCCGCACGGCCUCAAGGUGGUCUCUCAAGCCACGUGGAAGGACAUGCUCGACCUUGUCCGAUGCAAGGUCCUGUCUGUCGUCGAAUCCACCAACGUCGACGCCUACUUGCUCUCCGAAUCGAGCAUGUUUGUCUUCCCCCACAAAAUUGUGCUCAAGACUUGUGGCACGACGACGCUGCUGCGAGGAAUGCCGCGCAUUCUGGAAAUUGCAGCCCUUGAGGCUGGCUUUACCCAUGCCAAAGCAGAUCUCCCCGAGGGCAUCGCCGUCGCGGCCACGCCGUAUCGUGUUUUCUACAGUCGCAAGAAUUACCUCUACCCCGAUCAGCAGAAGGGCCCGCACCGUAGCUGGCGCGAUGAAGUUCGAUACUUGGACAAGAUGUUCGUCGGCGGCAGUGCCUAUAUGAUCGGCAAAAUGAACGGGGAGCAUUGGUAUCUUUACAUCACGGGCCCGGGGAGUGUGCUCACCCCACCUGCGACGCCAGAGGAGCGUCGUUCGGUGAGCAGUGGAAGUCGUGGUGACCUGCCGCCACAGGAUCUCGAUGUUGCGGUGACCAAAAUCCUACAAGAGGACCAUGGUGACGAAACACUGGAGAUCUUGAUGACCGACUUGGACGUGGACAAUGCGCGGCAAUUCUACCUCGAAAAUGCGAGCUCGACUGCCCAGGACCAUGCACGUCGUGCUCACCAAGCUCGCAAGGAGGCUAUUCGCCACCUUGGCUCUAUCUCUGAGCAGAGUGCUCCAGAUGUCAACGAGCUGAUGGACAAGGACCUCAGCAAGACCCAUUCAGACUUCGACGUCUUCGUCGAGACCUCUUCGGAGCACUCGGACUCUACAGCCUCCGCAGAGGAAGAGGCGCUGACCUUCUCCGAGGAGCUAACAACCGAAGGCCACACCCUCGGCACGGUAGUCACCGAAGGCUGCGGCCUGGCAGACGUCUACCCCACCUCCAAGUACCCAGACGCCCACAUCGACUCCUACCUCUUCACUCCCUGCGGCUACUCCGCCAACGGCAUCGUGCCCAUCCCCAACAAACCAGACUCCACAGGCUACUGGACCGUGCACGUCACCCCCGAGCCGCAAUGCUCGUACGCGAGCUUCGAAACCAACGUGCCCACCAAGCAGCACACCGGCAGCCGCUCGACGCUCGAAAUCGUGCAGCACGUCGUCGGCAUCUUCAAGCCUGCGCGCUUCAGCGUCACGCUGUUUGAGACGAAGAGCGAGCACGAUGAGUUGGCCGCUCGCAAGGAUAAGCUGAUGGAGUCGGUGAAGGGCUAUCGUCGUGUUGAUCGCAUUGUGCACGAUCUCGAUGGGUACGAGUUGGUGUUUCGCUACUUUGAGCGCGAGGGGUGGCAGGGGGGUGCUCCGCGGCUGGGGGAGCGAUGGUGCUAG